GAGAAUUGCUAUGAAUUAUAAUCUGUAAAAGAUCUUUUAAAGAUAGUUCCAGCAAAAAAAUUAUGCGAAUUUGCAGUUGAACAAUUUAUAGGAAGCAUGAGUAUUAUUUUAAUUAUUUUACAAUAACUUAUAAAAAAAAAAAAGCAAAUCCUAAAAAUACGAAUAUAAUGAAUUUAUUUUUAUAAUAAGCUCAAAUUAAUGCCUAAACACAAGAAGAAAAACUCGAAGUUUAGUAUUAUGUUUUAUAUAUAAAAAAACUCGAGGCUAUAUAAAAUGGAGAUGAAAAUGAAUUUGGAAAUGCGAACGAAAAAAUAAUCGAAUUAGCCGAAAGUGAACAUAAAACUGCAAUGCAUAUAACAGCAAAAGAAAUAUACAAAGUAGCAUUAAAUAUUACAGAUAAAAAAUAAAAAAAAAUAAACGAGAUAUGAUGUUGUAGUCAGAAAUUCUAUUUAAUCAAGUAGUAGAAAAAGGCUCAUUUUAAUCAUUAUAUUAUUUAGGAGAAAUGGCCGAAAAUGGAGAUUUGAGAAAUGGAAUUGAUACCUAAUAUGCUUAUGAAUGUUAUUUAAUUGCAGCAAGUUGGGACAAUCCUAAAGCUUUUUUUAAAUUAUCUAUUUUUCAUAAAGAAGGAAAAGGCGGUUGUGAAAAAAAUGUGGAUUUACAUUUUUUAUAUAUGAAAAAAGCAGCAGAGUUAGGAUUAGUUGAAGCUUAACAUAAUUUAGGAUAGUAUAAUCCAUUAAAAGCACUAGCAUGGUUUACUUAGGCAGCUUCAGCUGAAUUUAUACAUUCAAUGUAUAAUGCUGCUUAGUUAUAUUUAGAAGGAAGUGAAGAUGGAUAAAUAAAAAUAAACUUAAAAGCUGGACUAGUUUGGUUAGAGAAUAUUAAAAAAACAGGUAAAAUGGAUGUAAAUAAUUUAAUUGAAAAUGUUUUAGAAGAAUUAGAAAAAUUAGAAGAAGAAAAAUAAAAUUAAAAAUAAUAUUGA